AUACUUAGAGUGCUGCACCAUUUCUUUCUUUUGUCCUUCUAAUUCACAUGACUUGCUGUCCCCCGCUCAUCUGUCUUCCAAGUUCUUUUCUUUCUGUACUGCUAUGGGCUACCAAUUUCUACCGACCUAGAACGCUCACUAGUUCCUCCCCUUCCUUUAACAGGUGACUGGUCACGCUUCCUGGCCCUGCCUCUGGACCAGGCAGUGUGGAAGGAAGCAUUUGCUGGGGAAACGAUGACCAGGACCCAAAGGGAAAAGAACUUUCUCCCCUACUGUCUCCAUCGGUCACUACCCCCACGGCUGGCAUGGGGCAUGAUUUUCUACUUAAAACCAAGAAGCAAGGAGGAGUGCACCUCCGUCUCCAGCGUGCCUCCAGUCUUUGACUUCAGCCCACAGUACUGUGCGCACCUCAAGAACCAAUAUCUGAAAAAGGCUGCUUCAAACCUUACCUUCUCUCGGGAGGUGGUGUGGCAGCGAGGGCUGCCCAGCAUUCCUUACAGCCAUUACAGCUUUGACCAUGUGUACAAUGCAGACAACAUCAUCCAAGUUCCUCACAUCAGGAAGGCCCGACCUGACAAACCUGUCAGCUUUAAGUUCUUGGAUUCUUCGGGUCCUUCGGCAAGGGUUACCUCCCAGGCCACGAAGACAGAAUGCUCUGCCAAUCUUAAGAAGCCAAAGAAAUCAAACUCAGCACGCACAGUCCAGGAAACAUCUUGUGUUCACAGUCUUCAUCCCUCAGGGGAUUCAGACACACUGAGUCUGUCACUUUCUCCAGAUAUGAACCUAGAAGAGAGGGAAGCCUGGCUUCCUCCUCCUGAGAAGGAGGCCAGAGCCUGGGAGGCUCUCGUGCUGGAAAAGCUGAACAAGCGCACUGCCCGAUGGAUCCAGAACAAGCGUCCUCUAAGGCCUGGGGUGUCUCCCAACAAGUGGCAGAGCUUCUUGCGUCAGCAAUAUGACUGGAGCCACAUCCGGGAUGAGCUCACUUCUGCCAGCGACCUGGAGCUCUUGAAACAGCUGGAGGAAGAAGAGACAGCGGAUUUUGAGGAUCGAAGUAUCAUCGUGCCCAUCCAGGAAAAAAAGGAGCCAGAGCUGCUGCUUCCUGUUUAUUAUAGAAUGCCCAACUACUUAUCGCAAGUGCAGAGAUUAGAAACUAUGUCUGGCAACAAUAAGACCGCGGAGGAUAUCAGUGGACAGAGGAGCAUCUGCCAGCCCCCAAAGAAGAGCUACUUCCGACAGAUGAAUGACCGAGCUGGAAAGUUUGCUUACUCCACAGACAACACCUUUGAACAGGAGAUUUACUUCGAUAACGUCCAGGUUAUUCACAAGAUUGGUGGAAAGAGAGACCAAAUUUUCCUGGAAAACCGCAACCAGUACAACAAGCAGCUAUCUAAGGUCUUCCCUGAAACCCCAGAAAAGUGGACUUCCCAGCCAGUUCCGGAAGCACCUUAUAGGCCUGUGAAAGGAGCUCUCCGCUGGACUGCUUUGCCCACUCCGGCCAAGGAUCUGCUGCUGCAGGUGGGUGAAGAGGACCUGCCUACUAAGACCAAGAAACUGAAGACACAGGCAGAAUCACUGGAGGCUAUAACUUGGCAACUUGUGGUCCUGCGGAGGAUGCUGCAGGAAUGGAAGACUGCCUGGGCUCUAAUCAUUGAGUGGCACCAUGCGACAAUAGAGGGUCUGCUGCAGAGCUUGGUGGACAUGCAUGAUGAUAUUCGAAUCCAAGCCAUCGUCACAUGUGCUACAGCUGCUUUAGGACGGCCCCGGAUUGCCAUCAGCCAGGGGGACUCAGUCCCAUCAAUCCAGGACUUGCCAGAGGUUCUACAGCCCGCUCUGGAGGCUGCUCUUUGUGACAAGAAUGUCAAUGUGCAGAUGGCAGCAGCUGUAUGCCAAUAUGCCAUACAGUCACAUAAUCCCGUUGCCCGGGACAUCAUGCAGACUGCCCUUCUGAACGGUAAUAGCGCGGACAGCUGGGCUGCAGCUCAGUGCUUGGCUCUGGACGGUGCUGCCACUUACCCUGUGAUUAAGAGGAUCCUCCAUCAGUUGUUCAACAAAAAGAAUGCAGACACUGAACACCAGUCUUAUAUGCUCCUGAGCCAUCUCAGUGGGAAGACAACACUGAUACACACCAUGCUUGCUGUGGAGCUGAAUAGCCGUCAAUGGAAGGACCGGAUUAUGGCCUGCCGGGCUCUUUCACGCAUAAGUGGAAAUGUCUGCUUGGAUAUAAAACAUAAAUUGAUCCAGCUCAUGUGGAGUGACUGGAAUAAGGAAGUAAGACAAGCAGCUGCCCAAGCUCUGGGGCAAAUGAGUCUUGGCAAAGAGGUGCAUGAUGCAAUCAGAGUCAAGCUGGUUCAAGGAAAUUCCCAAGAGCGUGUGGAAGCCCUGUCCCUGAUUGGUAGGCUCAAGCUCAUGACCGCCAAGCUUCUCCCAAGCUUCCUGAACAGCUUCUCUGAUGACUUCAUGACAGUUCGACAGGCAGCCUGUUUGGCAGCAGGUGCCCUGCAGAUCCGUAAUACAAUGGUCCUUAAAUGCCUUCUGAAUCUGAUACAGGGAGAUCCUUACUGGAAAAUCAAGGCCUCUGCCAUUCGAGCUUUAGGACAAAUUGGCCAAGUGAGUCCCCAGCUGACAGACCUCCUGCUCUGGGCUGUCCACUAUGAAAAGUCACCAGGUGUUCGACUAGAAGCUUGCCGUAGCAUCCUAGCCCUCAAACUUCAAGGGGACCGGGUCCGGGACACCUUCCUAGACGUGUUGCUCAUAGAAAACCAUGAUGCUGUUCUAAAGGAAAUUCACCAGGCAAUGAAGAUACUCAACUUAGAAAAGGAAGGAAACCAAGAAUUGCUUCAGGAGAUAAAGAACAGGAUUCAAACACUAAACCAAAAGGACUUGCUGACGCAGAAAAUAUUCAAGAUUGAGACAGUCGUAAGAAAAUUGAAAAAGGAAGCUAAACAUGUUUACUUGCAACCCAAAGAAGGGCAAAAACCAUUGAAACUCCAUACUUUUCUUCAAGAAACUUUUCAGGAUGAGGUGGUGGUUCCUAGAAGACCAUCCGAGAUUUGUGACAUUGAAGCAGUCAUAAAGCCCGUGAUGCCACGCACACCAAAUCCUUGGUCACAGAGUCCAAUCCUCGGCCUAAACACACGAAGCAAAGGUCACGCAUCGCUUGUCAAAGAUCUACGUGUCCCCCGGGAAAAGAGAAUUGCAAUGGGACCAUUUGGACCUGACAGCCCAGAGCUCUAGCUGGGAAAGCAUGUCAGAAUACAAGUGAAUAGACUGAGAAUUGCUAGUGCUAGAGGCCUGGAACCUGGGCAGGAUCAUGUGGAUUUAGAAGAAGGCUGGACACUUGUCUCUACUUCUGCAGCUCUUGGGAACAGGUCCCCUGCAAUUGUAACUAGGCCAAGCCUUCCCACUGGUUCUUUCCAGUAG